CUCCUGCCUCUGAGUGUCCACCUGGGCGAUGGCUGCGUAGUUGUCUGUCGGGCCAUUGGAGUCCUUUUGGAGGACAGACAAACGUUUACUCCGUUCUAAUAAAACGUGUACGAAUGCCAGGAUAAAGAAAUAAGGGACACAUUGUUGCCUUUUCUGCCUUCCAAGUGGCGUCGGAAGUCACCGCGGCCCCAGUGUGAGGCCCGAGCAGCGGCCCACGUGACCUCUGACGUUUCAGGCGAGUCCCUGUAAAAAGAAUGUGAGGGAGCGAUCCUGCUGCUCACCGAGGGGAUCCACGGUGGCUUCCCGACGUCCGCUUUGAGGAAGUCCAUAGAAGAAAAAAAAAAGAAAAGAAAAAGUUAGCUCACUCCCCGAAAGACAUUCUUCAUCCAGUAGACUCGAGAUGUUGGGCGAAGACAGCGAGGGACGAGAGGCUAUGAGCGUUUACUCUGUGACCCUCAGCGGCCCGGCGCCUUGGGGCUUCAGGCUUCAGGGCGGAAAGGACUUCAGCAUGCCCCUCACCGUGUCACGGCUGUCCCCGGGCGGCAAGGCAGCUCAGGCUGGUGUCGGGGUAGGAGACUGGGUGGUGUCCAUCAGCGACACUAACGCAGAAGACAUGACCCAUGUGGAGGCGCAGAACAAGAUCAGAGCAGCAACAGACUCGCUCACCCUCACCCUCAGCAAAGCUUUCAAAGCGGGAGGAGAAGGGAAGGACUCACUCGUGCCGGCUUCCGUGCAGCCAAAGUACUCCUUUGCCCCGAGCUCGGCCAUUAACAAGAUGGCGAGGCCAUUUACAGCAGGUGGUGGUAGAGCCAACUCAGGACCCGCUAUCAAACCCGUGGCAUACUCCCCUAAACUUAACACCCCGAGCUCACAGGGCCGUGCCGGUAUGCAGCAGCCACGGAAUGGCCUUGAGCCAACUCUCUCACCUGCCAAGGCCCAGGCAGCAGAUAAACCAGAUGGCUCCAAGACUGCAGCUGCCAGCUCGGGUCCCUCCUCACGACCACCGUGGGUCACCGAUCCCAACUUCGCCAACCGCUUUCGCCCAGACAAGACGAGCACGGUUGUGACUCAGCACCAGCAGCCGGCCCAGCCGACGCCGAUGCAGAACCGCAGCUCCAUCCUGCAGGCUGCGCAGCAUGCGCCCGACGACGGCGCGACUACGCCGCUGUGUGGGGCCUGCAACAAAAUCAUCCGCGGUCGGUAUCUGGUGGCGCUGGGACGUUCUUGGCACCCGGAGGAGUUCACAUGUUCACAGUGUAAAGUGGUCCUGGAUGAGGGGGGCUUCUUCGAGGAGAAAGGGUCCGUCUACUGUGCAAAGUGCCACGAUAGCCGAUAUGCUCCUAACUGCGCCAAGUGCAAAAAGAAGAUCACAGGGGAAAUCAUGCAUGCCCUCAAGAUGACCUACCAUGUUGAGUGUUUCAAGUGUGCAGCCUGCAAGACUGCAAUCAGGAACCAAGCCUUUUACAUGGAGGAGGGAGAACCCUACUGUGAGAAAGACUACGAGAAGAUGUUCGGCACCAAAUGCCACGGCUGUGACUUUAAGAUUGAUGCCGGGGAUCGGUUUCUGGAGGCCUUGGGCUACAGCUGGCACGACACGUGCUUCGUCUGCGCUCUCUGUCAAAUCAACCUGGAGGGGAAGACGUUCUACUCGAAGAAGGACAAGCCUCUGUGCAAAGGCCAUGCCUUCGCUCCAGUGUGAGAGCCAGCCUGGUCUUAACCACACCCCCCCGCCCUCUGGCACACUCGUACACGUUCUACUUCUCUCCACACACCUCGUCACACUUUGCUUCAAUAUUUGAGGCUUACUUUUAGCUUCGCGUGAUAGGACCUGCGUUACUGCCUGUAACACCGAACGCUGUUGUCCAGCUGGAAGUAGUCAAGAAAUCGCUUUGUGUCCUGACUAACUGGUUGACUAUGCUUUGUAUGUUUGGAUCAGACAUUAAAAAGUGCAGCCGCGGUUGCUCUAGAUUUAUUUAGUAGUUUGUAGAGAAGAAUUCCAACAUAGCUGUACUCAUCUCACCCUUGUUCAAUCUGAAGUGAGACUAAGUCCGUAUCUUGCAAGGUGAAGGAGUUGCCUAGCCUUUAAUAACGUGCAUAUUGCAGUAAUGAUCCUCU